AUGAGUAUACAUGAUCAGAUUGGUGUCUCGCAUGAUGUUAUGGAAAUCUCAGAAGACUCGCAAAAUGAGACCAGCACAGCAUCACAAGCAAGACCACCUGCUAAUACUGCGCGUGCCCAUGCUCCUUCUCGACGUGCCCCAGCUUCGGGCACCCGUGCCCGUGCCCGUGCCCCUGCUGUUCCCGCAGGCCCUAUUGUUCCAACUACUCCAACUGCUUCUGCUUCCGUUUUAACUGCUCCGACUGCUUAUACUGUUUUAACUGCUCCUUCUGAUUCUGCCGCUCCCCGUUCAGGCAGCUCUUCCAAUCCAAUCCACCCAAGCUCGUUUAAGCCAAUCCACCGGUUAAAAUUGUCACUCCCCAGAAUGCGGCGUGCAGAUGAGCGCUUGUUGUUGCCUGAAUCCCGUUACACGAUGAUAGUUCACGGGACAAUAUAUACGUCACUUAAAACGUUUCUCGUGAGUGUGGGAGAAACAGAAGAUGCGACAUUUCCAUGGUGGAGGGUCAUCCAAGACUUUGUGCACUUGUAUUUUGAACACUUUGACCAAGAAUACCCCGUGGUUCACCCAUAUGCACUAGAAUUUGGGCUUGACAAAACCUCAACCUCAUGGAUGGUACUUUUAGCAGUGGUCACUGUUGGCAGUCAAUAUAGCGCUUUCAGCAAUGCCAGUCUGUUUUCAGCAGCUUUCGGAGAGAUACUAUCUCACGCAAUAACACAAAACCGUCCCCAAGCGCCAGAAGCAACAACUUUAUCGUAUGCACAAAGCGUAUUUCUGAGUGACGUCUGCCUGAUGUUUGACGGGUCACACAAAGCGCAGUUGAAGCUGCAGUAUGAGCGAAAUGUACUUGUCACAUUGGCUCGUGUCUUGAAGACUGAUCCAUGCAUGAAAACAAAAGCGUCACAAGCUCCAAGACACUGGAAAGCGUGGCUGGCAAGGGAAUCUCGUAUACGUCUACUGCAUUGUAUCUUUCAGCUCGAAUGUCUUCAGCUCAUUCUAUUCGAUCGUCAACCGAUACUUGGGCAGCAUGAACUCCCCGACGAGUUCCCCUGCCGCCAAUCACUAUGGUGUCGCAGGAAUGCUGACAACUUCGUCCUUGUAUACCAAUCUGAUCAAGAUCUACCACAAUCUCCGUCCACUCAAAUUGAUGUCAGGAAAGCCAAUGAAAGCAUGGCAGGAAUGGAUGCCUAUCGCCGAAAUCUCUACAUGCUGUCUCUUUACAGCGAGGAGAGAUUGUUCCUUGACAAAAUGUCAUAUUCUUCAAUCUGGAAAACGAGUCUAAGUUCUCAAGUGAGUGGUGCGCCAUGUCAGGAGCAAUGGACUCAUCCUACAUCAACCCCUUCAGCUCUGCGAUCGAUGAUGUUCCAAUCGAUGGACGAAAUAUUUGCGGCAAUUCCCAUCUCAGCCAAACCUGACUAUAUUGCCGCUCGAGAUGUAAUUCAUCAUGUACUAUCUCUUCUCCGGCUAGUAUCACUUCACAUGCUUGAGUCAUUUUCAGGUUGGCAGGGUGAUGACGCUGCAGUCGAUAUGUCAGCAAGAAAUUUGAAACAUUGGAUGGAGAACAAUGCACCUACUGCUAGGAAAUGUCUGUGGCAUGCUGUAUGUGUUUACAGCACAUUGAAAGCCAAGCAAAAAUUUGCCUGUCAUGAUCCUCUCUUUUUCCUGAUUGCUUUCUUCUAUAUAUGGGCAUUCGAUAGCCUUGUGGUUGGUCCUGAAGUCGAAAGUCAGCCAGCUCCAGUCAACGAGAUUCGCUUGUUAGACACUCGGGAAAUCCAAAUGUGGAUCGCUGAAGGCCCGAAUACCCGGCUCAAUCUCGUUGGAGUCGGCAAUCUGACGGGCAAGGCAAGCUCUUUGCGUCUGGUCAUCGAGGUGUGCCAAAUUUUCUCAAAACGCAAGUCUUGGGCUGGGCUUUGUCGUGGCCUCGCAUCUGCACUUGAUCGAGUCCUUAGAAAAAUGACAAUCCCACAAGAAAUCCCACAAGGACUCCCACAAGGACUCCCACAAGGACUCCCACAAGGACUCCCACGAGGACUCCCACAAGGGCUCCCUCUAGGCGUCCCUCUAGGUGUCCAUCAAAGCAUCCCCCAAGAUGUUCCUCAAGGAGUCUCUCAAGAUGCCUCUCAAGAUGGCCCCGAAGAUGGCCCUGAAGAUGGCCCUGAAGAUGGCCCUGAAGAUGGCCCUGAAGAUGGCCCUGAAGAUGGCCCUGAAGAUGGCCCUGAAGAUGGCCCUGAAGAUGGCCCUGAAGAUGGCCCUGAAGACGUCUCUCAAGAAGUCCCCUCCGGAGCCAGUGAUGGCGAAAUGGCCUGA